GCCAAAAUUACGUGUCAUACUACCAUUGCUUAGAUGUCAUCGAAACUGGAUAACGCACUCAGACAGCUCUGACCAGUCACAACCAGCGAAAAAAUCAGACCAAUGUAUUGUAGUAUUCAUAACUUCAUCUUCCAAAGAAUCUAACACCCCACAAUGGUGUAGAUGUUAUCCGGCAGCAGCGCCAACAGCCACCAGAUUCUUCACCACCACAACCACAUCAGCCGGCCAGAGCCAGAGCCAGAGCCAAGCCAAGAUGAGCCAACGUUGCCAAGAGUGUUAACAAUCUUGUCCCACGUACUAGAAAAGCUAGUGGCCAGAAAUGACCAGCUGGUGCAGCUAGGCAGCCAAAACCAAAGCGAAAACCAAAGCCAGCAAAAGUGGAUAAAUGAGACUGCUAGUUAUCAGCUAGCAGGGAAGAGCUUGAAGGGCUUUGAUGGGGUUAGAGCUCCAAGCAUUAGUAUUGGAAAAUAUAUGGAGAGGAUCUACAAGUACACAAAUUGUAGCCCAUCAUGUUUUGUGGUGGGGUAUGUGUAUAUUGACAGGUUGGUUCAUAAAUAUCCAGACUCACUUGUGGUUUCCCUCAACGUGCAUAGGCUGCUGGUCACUUGUGUCAUGGUUGCUUCUAAGAUGCUGGAUGAUGUGCACUACAACAAUGCAAUCUAUGCAAGAGUUGGAGGGGUGACCAAUGCAGAGUUGAACAGGCUUGAAUUAGAGCUGCUUUUCCUGCUAGAUUUUGGGGUUACAGUAAGCUCACAAGUGUUCGAGAUCUACUGCCAACACUUGGAGAAGGAAAUGCUGCGAAAUGAGGCAGCAAUAGACUACUACAACAACAACAUGGCUAGGCCAGCCAUUACCAAUUCUACACCUGAUGCUACUGAGAUAUCAAUUGAGGAUCACGCUCAGAGUUCUUCAUCUCAUGAAUAGAUUAGAGGACUAAAUUAACGUCAGAUUGUAAUUAUUUUCUUCCUGCAAAUUCAUUUUGUUUAUCCUUAAAUGGUAUAUAUUGCAUGUUUUCUGACACAAGUAUUGAGAAUAUGACUGGUUCUUUUCUGAGGUUA